CGUCUUUUCCUCCCUUUCCCCGCCCCCGCUCUGCUCGGGCCCAGCUUUUCGCCGUCGCUCCAAAACACAAACAGGGAGAGCCGGGCGAAGCGGCUGGGCCGGGCCGGACGGCCAUGGGCAAGAAGCACAAGAAGCACAAGGCGGACAAGUACCCGUAUGAAGGCAAGGCCGUUCCGUCCCCUCCGCCCUUUGUCCAGCGAGACUAUGUAGAGAAACCCUUAAAGCUUGUUUUAAAAGUGGGAGGAAAUGAAAUCGCUGAACUUUCUACUCAGAGCUCAGUACCCGAUCCUGUACUGUAUGAAGACAAAAAUGAACAUGAAAAACACAAAGACAAGAAAAGGAAGAAGAGGAAGAAAGCAGAAAAGCAAGUGCCUGGAGAAGAAAAGGAAAAAAGAAAAAGAAAAGUCAAGGAGGAUAAAAAGAAGCGAGACAGAGACCGUGCUGAAAGUGAAGGCGAGAGAGACUUGAAAUGCUCAAACACUAUAAGGCUGGAACUGCCCCCAGAAAAACCACUGGCGAGCAGUUUAGCAAAACAAGAAGAAGUGGAACAGACACCACUUCAAGAAGCUUUGAACCAACUUGUGAGACAGCUGCAAAGAAAGGAUCCAAAUGCUUUCUUUUCAUUUCCUGUGACUGACUUUAUUGCUCCCGGCUACUCCAUGAUCAUUAAACGCCCAAUGGAUUUUAGUACCAUGAAAGAGAAGAUCAAGAACAAUGGAUACCAGUCUAUAGAAGAACUAAAGGACAACUUCAAACUGAUGUGCACUAAUGCAAUGGUGUAUAACAAACCAGAGACCAUUUACUGCAAGGCAGCAAAAAAGCUGUUGCAUUCGGGAAUGAAAAUACUCAGCCAGGAACGAAUUCAGAGUUUGAAACAGAGUAUAGACUUCAUGGCAGACCUUCAAAAAAGCAGAAAGCAGAAAGAUAAAACAGAUCUACAGGCAGGCGGAGAAGAUGAUGAUGGCCUUGGGAAAGACUCAGGUUCCACGGAAACAGACAUCAGAGACUUUAAAACUCCCAGCAAAGAACACAAAAAGUACAUCACAGGGGCUGAGUAUUUCUUUCAUUUCAGCAAAAUCAGGAGCAAGAGGAAAGACAAAGAGCUGCUUGAAGAAAAAAUAAGGAACAGUAAUUUGGAGAGGGAACAGGAACUGAUUGAACGUAUCAUCAGAGAAUCCGGAGGAAGAUUAACAAGACGACCUGCAAACACUCAGUGCGAGUUUGAAAGAAGAAAACCUGAUGGCACAACCACCCUGGGACUUCUUAAUCCAGCAGAAAAUAUUGCAGGGGAAACAGGUCCUAAUUCUGCCAAGCUGGGUGUGACGUCUGGAAGGCUUCAGUCAGGUGUGAAUACAUUACAAGGUUUCAAAGAAGACAAAAGGAACAAGGUUACUCCAGUGAUGUACUUGAAUUAUGGGCCUUUUAGCUCCUACGCUCCAGCUUACGACUCUACGUUUGCAAACAUCAGCAAGGACGAUUCGGAUUUAAUUUACUCCACUUAUGGGGAAGAUUCUAAUCAAGGGGGUUUUAAUAUUAACGAGUUUUUAGCGAGGUCUCAAGACUACCCCUACGUCAUGGCCGACAGCUUGCUGGAUGUCUUGACCCAAGGAGGGCAUUCUCGCUCACUCAGAGAACUAGAGACGGCAGCAGAUGAAGCUGAAGGCCCACCUGAAAGAACAGACGUGGCAAAAGACUUGGAGAUCAUAGAAAUUGAACCAUCCAGUAGGUUGGACUCCUCUCUUAGCAAGGAGAGGCUUACAGCUCUGAGAGCCGUGACCAAUUUCGGGCUGCCCAUGGAGGAAUUUGAGUCGGAAGAAGCAGAAGUCUUCCAGAGAAAACUGGACGAAACCACAAAACUGCUCAGGGAGCUCCAAGAUGCUCAGAAUGAACGGCUGAGUACGAAACCACCUCCUAACAUGAUUUGCCUUUUGGGUCCGUCUUACAAGGAGAUGCAUUUGGCGGAGAGAGUGACCAACAAUCUGAAAGAACUCGCCCAGCAAGUUGCUCCAGGCGACAUUGUGAGCACGCACGGAAUCCGUAAAGCCAUGGGGAUUUCAGUCUGUUUACCGGAUGCAGGGGACCAUUCUGUUGACUUGACGGAUGACACGCAGGAACCCUCAACAGCUCCCGUUCUGAUCAACAAUGAAGGCGAAGCACUCGGCACAUGAUGCUUUAGAACGGUUUUUAAAUUUAAAUUAUCUCCUCUUUUUUUUUUUUUUUGGCAACAUUUGUCCUGAUACAUGUACUAUCCUUUUGUGUUACUUAUUGCCUAUGUGGAACAUUUCUAAAUUCUUAUUAAAAAUCUAAAAACCAA